AUGCGCCUCAGCAAAAGGGGCGGCGCCCUCAGAGUCGGGCUUGUCUUGGGCUUCACGGUACUGCUUCUGAUCUGGCUGAACCCCAGUUGGACCGAUCGGUCAGAACACAGGGUGCUGUCUUUCGAUUCUCAUCUUGAUAUCAGCCAGACCGCGGCCCGGCAAGCUCUUUGCCAGCAACAUGGGUGGAAGCCAUUCAAGGGCAAUGGGAGACGCGUGUAUGACCUGCUCAUGGUGAAUACGGAGUUGGACUGGCUUGAGAUCCGGCUGAAUACGACUUACGAAGUUGUUGACUAUUUUGUCAUUGUCGAGUCUCCAAAGACAUUCACCAACCUCGACAAGCCACUUGUCAUCAAGGAUAAUUUGGAUAAGUUUGCUGCCUAUCGCGACAAAAUCAUCUACCACCAGCUCGAAAUUCCAGAUGGCUUCCAUUCUGAUCGGGACAACCCAGCAUGGGCCUGGGAGGAUCUGCAAAGAAAUGCCAUGUACGAUCAAGUCUUGCCGCGACUGAAGGAUGCUCGAGCGCCAGUGAAUGGGGAUGUCAUCAUCGUGGCUGACGUCGACGAAAUCAUCCGUCCCGAGACCAUUGUUUUGCUCAAGGCAUGCGAUUUCCCCCGAAGACUCAACCUCAGGAGUCAUUUCUACUAUUACAGCUUCCAAUUCUUGCAUGUGGGCGAGCAGUGGGCUCACCCCCAGGCAACGUACUACCAGGGAUGGCGGACCAUUCUACCCGUCAACCUUCGAAAUUCCGACGGAGGCUUUCAGCCUCUGAUCAAGCUGGAAACGGGAGACCUCUACGACGCUGGCUGGCACUGUUCAUCCUGUUUCUCGACGAUUGAGGAGCUGCUCACCAAGAUGUCUUCGUUCUCGCACCAGUGGAUGAACCACGAGUUAUUCCGCGACCGAGACCGCAUUGCUCAGCAUGUCAGAGAUGGUGAGGAUAUCUGGGAACGGGAAGGGGAGUAUUACAAGAGGAUCGACGGCAACAAGGACGUGCCUAAAAUUUUAUUGGCCCAGCAAGAUAGGUUCUCGUACUUGUUGAACAGGGACGGGCCGUCGGCUGGAUUUAAGGACUACCCAUAA